UCCCCGCGCAGAGCUGCUCGCGCACUAGUCCCUCGUCGAACGGACGUGAACGUCGUAUAGUUGUUUGCAAAAGCUCCAUUGCUUGCUUUCGCCAACUAUCGAUCCCCGUGCGGUUUCAACCCUUUCUCUUUUUUGUAAGAAGUCAACGAACAAUCAUAAUACAAAAUGCGUGAAUGUAUCUCAAUUCAUGUUGGACAAGCUGGAGUGCAAAUUGGCAAUGCCUGCUGGGAAUUGUAUUGCCUGGAGCAUGGCAUUCAGCCGGAUGGUCAGAUGCCAUCUGACAAGAACAUUGGAGGUGGAGAUGACAGUUUCAACACUUUCUUCAGCGAAACUGGUGCUGGCAAGCAUGUACCCAGGGCUGUCUUUAUUGAUUUGGAGCCCACUGUAGUCGACGAGGUUCGCACUGGAACUUACCGCCAGCUCUUUCACCCGGAACAGCUGAUCACUGGCAAGGAGGAUGCUGCGAAUAACUAUGCUCGCGGUCAUUACACGAUCGGCAAAGAGAUCGUAGAUCUUGUGCUGGACCGUAUUCGCAAGCUUGCGGACCAAUGUACCGGUCUGCAGGGUUUCCUCAUUUUCCACUCGUUCGGCGGCGGCACCGGCUCCGGUUUCACUUCUCUCUUAAUGGAACGUCUGUCUGUAGACUACGGAAAGAAGUCGAAGCUUGAAUUCGCCAUUUAUCCCGCGCCGCAGGUUUCUACGGCUGUGGUCGAACCGUAUAACUCUAUUCUGACGACGCACACCACUUUGGAACAUUCUGAUUGCGCGUUCAUGGUUGACAACGAGGCGAUCUACGACAUCUGUCGUCGCAAUUUGGAUAUUGAGCGGCCGACUUAUACGAAUCUGAACCGUUUAAUCGGCCAGAUCGUCUCCUCCAUCACAGCAUCCUUACGGUUCGAUGGCGCACUGAACGUCGACCUCACCGAGUUUCAGACCAAUCUGGUGCCCUAUCCGCGCAUCCACUUCCCUCUCGUCACUUAUGCGCCUGUUAUUUCAGCGGAGAAAGCAUAUCACGAGCAGCUCUCCGUCUCGGAGAUCACUAAUGCCUGCUUCGAGCCAGCUAAUCAGAUGGUCAAGUGCGAUCCGCGUCAUGGCAAGUACAUGGCGUGCUGCAUGUUAUAUCGCGGUGACGUUGUACCCAAGGAUGUGAACGCGGCGAUCGCCACCAUUAAGACCAAGAGGACCAUCCAAUUCGUCGACUGGUGUCCCACCGGUUUCAAAGUCGGCAUCAACUAUCAGCCGCCAACCGUUGUGCCAGGCGGCGAUCUCGCCAAGGUCCAACGCGCCGUCUGCAUGUUGUCCAACACCACGGCCAUUGCCGAGGCUUGGGCUCGUCUCGACCACAAAUUCGAUCUCAUGUAUGCCAAACGUGCGUUUGUCCAUUGGUAUGUCGGCGAGGGUAUGGAAGAAGGAGAGUUCUCCGAGGCGCGCGAGGAUCUCGCUGCACUCGAGAAAGACUACGAGGAGGUCGGAAUGGAUUCCGCGGAAGGCGAAGGCGAAGAGGGCGCUGAAGAAUAUUAAAGCUGACGAUCUCUUGCGACUAUCUUGAAAAGAUAUGAGAUUCCUGUGUCUUGAAAUAAAUUACUGAAUCAUUUGCAUCGCAAA